UCGCUUCUCUUCACUUAUAGAUGGUAGAGGUACCCGCACAAUCAAUUUAGACGCUCAACGAGUGCGCACAUGGUUUCAGAGGACUUAAAUUGAAGUGUCUUCCUUUGGGAGCAGUCAUAAUCCAUUUCAACGCCCUACGAUCAGUGUUAGUUAACGAGAAGAGUGCAUAGUUCCGUGAAGUGAUAGUGUGAAUCUCGCAUCAAGAGUGAGUAAUAAUCUACAGUGAUUGAGUGUGAUUAGGAAUUGUUCAGAAGAACGAAAUCCUGAAAAGAUAAACUAACGAGCAUGAGUGCUACCUUGAAGAAUGUCCUUGUGGUUGGUGGUGGAGGUCGUGAACAUGCCAUGUGCUGGAAGCUGGUCCAGAGCCCGAAGGUGGCCAAGUUGUAUGCGCUGCCCGGCAGUCCAGGUAUCGGCCAGUUGGAGAAAGUGACCCUCGUCAGCGAUAUCAGUGUGAAGAAUCUCGACGCGAUAGUUGCAUGGUGCAAGAGCAACGCAAUCGAUCUGGUCGCGGUGGGACCGGAGGACCCGCUUGCCCAGGGAAUUGGAGAUAAGCUCCAGGCGGCUGGGAUCAAGUGCUUCGGGCCGAGCCUUAAGGGUGCUCAGAUCGAGGCGGAUAAGAACUGGUCCAAGGACUUCAUGCACCGGCAUGGAAUCCCGACGGCGCGGUAUUCUUCGUUCACCAAGGCGGACGAUGCGAAGGCGUUCAUUAGAAGCGCUUCAUUUGACGCACUGGUGGUCAAGGCAAGCGGGCUGGCGGCCGGUAAGGGCGUAAUAGUCGCCGAAAACAAGGACCAAGCCUGUGCAGCCGUCGACGAAAUCCUGGGCGACAAAAAGUUUGGAUCAGCCGGAGACGUCGUGGUGGUCGAAGAAAAGCUAACCGGCGAGGAGGUGUCCGUGCUGGCCUUCGUCGAUUCCAAAACCGUCCGCGUAAUGUUGCCGGCCCAGGACCAUAAACGGCUGCAAAACGAAGACCGGGGUCCGAACACCGGUGGAAUGGGCGCUUAUUGUCCCUGCCCCAUAAUCACUCAGGAAGAGCUCAAGAUCGUCACGAGAGAAGUGCUGCAGCGCGCCGUAGACGGCCUACGCAAGGAAGGAAUCAAAUACAACGGCGUACUGUAUGCGGGAAUGAUGCUUACCCCCAGUGGACCGAAAACACUGGAGUUCAACUGUCGCUUCGGGGAUCCAGAAACGCAGGUCAUUCUGCCCCUUCUGGAAAGUGACCUAUUCGACGUGAUGGAGGCCUGUUGCGACGAUCGCUUAGAAGGAGUGGAGUUGAAAUUCCGACAGGAUGUUCACGCCGUAGGGAUUGUCAUGGCCAGCAAAGGCUAUCCGGAAACGUCUACGAAGGGUUGCGUUAUCAAAGGUCUGGAAGCGAUCGAGAAACGUCCGGACCAUCUAGUGUUCCACAGUGGAGUCGGUAAAAACGCAGAGGGCGCCUACGUUACCAAUGGUGGUCGAGUUUUGAUCAACGUAGUACUUCAGCCGAGUCUACAAUCAGCAGCUGCCUUGGCUUCGGCAGCCUGUUUCGACGUGAAGUUCGAUGGAUCCCAGUACCGGACUGAUAUUGCUCAGAAGGCAUUGAAAUAUUCGCAACUGACAUACAAAGCCUGUGGAGUUGAUCGCGAGGCAGAGAGCGACCUUCUGAAGAGGAUCGAACCGUUGGCCAGAGGUACUGACCGUCCAGGUACUUUGAGAUCUUUCAAAGGAUUUGGAGGCCUACUCAGAAUGAAAGAGGUUACGUAUGAGAACAGUGCCGGAAAGCGGGUCACCUACAAUGAUCCCGUGCUGGUACAAGGAACGGAUGGUGUGGGAACUAAGUUGAAAAUCGCUGAGGCCAUGAACUAUUGGGACAGUAUCGGUAUCGACUUGGUAGCAAUGUGUGUAAAUGAUGUCCUUUGUGCCGGAGCAGAGCCAUUGGCGUUCUUGGAUUACAUAGCAUGUGGUAAGCUAGAUGUUCCGACGGCUGCCCUGAUCGUGAAAGGUAUAACAGAAGGUUGUCGCGAAACCAACUGUGCCUUGCUGGGAGGCGAAACGGCUGAGAUGCCUUCAAUGUACGAACCCGGAAAGUACGACCUAGGGGGCUAUUGUGUUGGAGUUGUAGAACAUGACGCGAUCCUUCCAAGGGUUGAUGAUAUCAAAAGUGGAGACCUUUUGAUCGGACUCCCAUCCAGCGGAGUUCAUAGCAACGGUUUCAGUUUGGUCAACAAGAUUUUAGAGGCCAAUGGAUACAAACUAAACGACGUUGCUCCAUUCAGCAAAUAUAAACUCUCGUUUGGGAUGGAGUUGCUGAAACCCACGACACUCUACAUCAAAUCAGUGUUGCCAGUUUUACGAAAAGGGCAAGUGAAAGCUUUAGCACACAUAACCGGUGGUGGAUUGGUAGAGAAUAUUCCUAGAGUCCUAUCGACUGAUCUGGCUGUAGAAAUUGACGCUAAUUGGUUCAAAAUUUUGCCAGUCUUCGGUUGGUUGGCUGCCAAUGGUAAUGUUCCAGACUCUGAAAUGCUGAGGACAUUCAACUGUGGUAUUGGUAUGGUGCUUGUGGUACCUCCCAAUGAUAAGUCCUGGGAAUCGCUGAAGGCAUACGGUGGCGCAAUCAUCGGCAAGGUUUUAGAUCGCAAAUCAACUAGUACUCCACAAGUCGUUGUUAACAACUUCAGUCAAGCGAUCGCGGAAGCUUCCAAACCAUUCAAAGGUACCAAAGCUAAGGUAGCCAUUACAUACAAAGACAGCGGAGUCGACAUUACAGCUGGAGACAACCUGGUAACGAAAAUCAAGCCUUUUGCAAAAGCUACCACCAGAAAGGGUUGCAUCGGAGGGUUGGGAGGAUUCGGUGGUCUGUUCAGACUGAAGGAAGCCGGAUCUUUCAAGGAUCCCGUUCUGGUCCUUACUACCGACGGUGUUGGCACUAAGUUGAAGAUCGCACAACAGAUCAACCAACACGGAACGAUUGGUAUUGACUUGGUUGCCAUGAGUGUUAACGAUGGACUGUGUAAUGCGGCUGAUCCAAUGAACUUCUUGGAUUACUACGCUUGUGGUCAUCUGGAGGUUGACGUAGCCGCGCAAGUAAUCUCAGGAAUUUCCAAGGGUUGUAUCGAAAGUGGAGCAGCUCUGCUCGGCGGAGAAACCGCCGAAAUGCCAGGCAUGUAUGAGAAGGGAAGCUACGACCUCGCAGGGUUUGUUCUGGGCAUUGCAGAAUACGAUCAUCUACUGCCAAGAACUGCCAGUGUCACCGAAGGAGAUUUCAUAAUUGCACUGCCAUCAUCCGGCCUACACAGCAACGGAUUCAGUCUGGUCCACAAAGUUAUGAGCUACACAGGGUUAAGCUACAACGAUCGAGCUCCUUUCAGCGCAACCAAUAAAUCCCUGGGAGAAGAACUUCUUACACCGACUCGCAUCUACGCCAAAGAACUUCUUCCCAUACUGAAAUCCAAUCUCGUAAAGGCUUUGACUCAUGUAAAAAUCGGCGGACUUGCUGAGAACCUGUCAAAAGUACUUCCACAAGGCACUCGGGCUGAAGUAGACGCAUCUCAGUUCCAUAUUCCACCCGUAUUCGGAUGGCUGUCCAAAGCUGGAAAUCUUUCUGCGCAAGAAAUGCUUCAAACAUUCAAUUGUGGUGUCGGAAUGGCAUUAGUAGUUGCCAAGGAACACGCCGAAACGGUUCUCGAGAAACUUCAAAGCAUUAGAGCGACUUCGAUAGGAAGAGUUUUGAAAUCCAGCCCGGUUGAACCCAAAGUAACCGUACUCAAGUUCGUAGAAUCUCUCAAAACGUCCCAGCUGACCUGCUGUCUUCCCAAGAAACGCAUUGCUGUUCUGAUUUCUGGCUCUGGAAGCAAUCUUCAAGCUCUGAUCGACGCAACAAGGGACACAACCUUUGGCAUUCGCGGAGAAAUAGUGUUCGUUCUAGCGAACAAGGACGGUAUCUACGGAUUGGAACGGGCAGCCAAAGCGGGUGUCCCGUCUAAGGUUAUCCUGCAUAAGCAAUUCCCAACGCGGGAUCAGUUCGACGCAGCUAUGUCAGAAGAGCUGGAACGACAGAAAAUAGAUCUGGUCUGCUUGGCUGGCUUUAUGCGUAUUCUUUCCGAAGAAUUCGUCAAAAAAUGGAAAGGUCGUCUGAUCAACAUCCACCCUGCGCUGCUGCCGAAACACAAGGGAAUUCAUGCCCAACGACAGGCGCUGGAGGCCGGAGAUUCCGAGUCGGGAUGCACCGUGCACUUUGUGGACGAGGGAGUUGAUACCGGAGCCAUCAUAUUGCAGGAGAGAGUACCGGUCUUGAAGAACGACACCGAGGAGACGCUAACCGAAAGAAUUCAUCGUGCUGAGCACGGGGCAUUCCCCAAAGCACUUCGGCUGGUGGCCAACGGUUUGAUCAGUCUCGAUAAGGAUGGUAAGGUGCAGUGGCAUUGAGCCUAAAUAUGGGUAGUGCAAGGUAGUGGUAGAUUAUAGCGGUAGGUUUUAUUGUAUGAAAUAGAAUAUUGGAUUUGAUAACUGUUUACACUGCAGAAUUACAUAAAUUGAAUAAAAAUUAUAAUGAAUAAUUAAUAAAUUCAAUAAAAAGAUAUUUACUGGGACAGUCA